UUACGGUCUCGGCGUAAAGACGUCAGAGGAAAGGAAGAUGGCUGCCGGGCAGAAGGCGGAAGUGGGUCAGUGUAGGUGGCUGUGCGUCGUGUGAGAGCAACCCUGCAUGGGCUCGUCGCCAUGAGCAACAAGGAGAUGGUUUCCACGGGUCACUCUGAGAGUAAAGCACAGAGGAACAAGCUGCUGGAAUGCCUCCCUCGCUCCUCCUGUCUGCCCAACGAGCGUCUGAGAUGGAACACUAAUGAGGAGAUCGCGUCUUAUCUGGUAAGCUUCGAUAAGCAUGACGAGUGGCUCUCCUGCACCCUAAAAACCAGGCCAAAGAAUGGCAGCAUCAUCCUCUACAACCGGAAGAAGGUCAAGUACAGGAAGGAUGGCUACUGUUGGAAGAAACGCAAGGAUGGGAAGGACACCAGAGAGGACCACAUGAAGCUGAAAGUGCAGGGCAUGGAGUGUCUCUACGGUAACUACGUCCAUUCCGCCAUUGUGCCAACAUUCCACCGGCGUUGCUACUGGCUGCUGCAGAAUCCAGACAUUGUGCUGGUCCAUUACCUGAAUGUGCCCUCCUUGGAGGAUUCCGGCAAAUGCAGUCCGCUGCUGUGCGCUGUGACCAGUCGCCACGACAGCGUGAAAUGGAGCCGUGACGACUUGCUUGGUCAGCUCAAGCCCAUGUUUCACAGCAUCAAGUGCUCCAGCGGGAGCGGUGAUUUCAGCAUCGAGGAUCUGGUGCAGCUCAUCUUGGAGCGCCAGAGAACCAAACCGCAGCCGCGCACACACGCGUGCCUCUGCAACGGCAGCCAGGGAGGAAACAUUCCCCACAGCUGCAACAGCACCAAGCACCGGAUCAUCUCUCCCAAAUUGCCCCCAUCGUCAUCCUCGCCGCUCUCCUCAGAGACUGGGGAGCUCGGGGGCGGCGGGGGUGACGCCAAACUGCCCCAGCUCCAGGCUCAGGGAAGCCCCGCCUCCUCUCCCGGCCCCACUUCCACCUCGGUCACAUCCCCCCCACUGACCACCGUGGCGCUGCCGCACAACGCCGUCAUCGUCAUGGCGACCACUGCCGCCAUCACCCGGGGCAGUGGGGAGGAUGCCCCCAAGGAGAGCCUGGCGCUCACCCGCUCCAGCCAGUUACUUCUCUCGCCCCCCCUCCCUCCCCAUGCCAAGCCUCCCUCGCCCUGCCCGCCCUCCCCCACACCCCCUUCCCUACCCGCUCCUGUGCACCACACCCUCUCCCUCACCCUCCUUCCCUCUCCCGUCAUAGGAGGCCUGCUCCUCACUCCUUCCUCUUCCGCCUCCCCUCCCUUAUCCUUCUCCUCACCCUCUCUCCCCCCGCCGUUCCUCCCGCCCGCUUUUGACCCCGACUCCUUUCUGAAUUCCCCCAAGCAAGGCCAGACGUACGGCGGGCCCCUUCCUCCCAUCAUCUGCUCCUCCUCAUCGCCACUCUCCCCUUCCUCUCUGGCGCUCUCCCCCACGUCCACCCCGCCCUCGUCAAUCUCCCCACCGUCGUCGCUCUCGUCGUCCUCCUGCGAGACGGACAGGAAGGACGCCUCCUCUCUCCCGCCCUCCUUCCUCUUGUCGCCCACCUCCUCGGUGGCGCCGCCCCUCCUACCGCUCUGUCUGGAGUUGGGAGCUGUGGGGGUACCGCCGGAGACGGUGGGAGGCACCCACGAGGAGAAGGAGCAGGGACGUGGCGCUCCCAUCUUAGCGCAUCCGUCAAACCUGCUGCAGCCCAGACAAUCAUCAAUGCCAGGAAGUGGCGUCGCAUCACAGGAGCAGCCUUACGGUCACCUGCCCGCGCCCCCCACCACCCAAAACGUCACCAUGGAAACAUCCAUCCCGGCGUCUCACGCGAAGCAGGUAGACAGCCCACCCUCCGAUGCCGACCCCCCUCCCAUGGACACGCAGCAGGAAGCGGAGGAGCUCGAAAUCUCCUUCGACAGCCAGUUUCCGGACCUCAUCUCUGACCUCAUCACGGUGGAGACCAAUCCCGAGUCGGCGCCGCCUCCCCCCGUCGAGGCGGCCCCCGGGCCGGCCGUCUUCUCUGCCGGGAUUCGCUACAUGGUGCCCCCUCAGCCUUCCCCCUCCACCUCCUUCCUGCCCUUUCCUCAGCCGCUGCCGUCUACCUCGCCGCUCGCUUCCAUCACAGACUUCUCACCGGAGUGGUCGUAUCCCGAGGGUGGGGUGAAAGUAUUGAUCACAGGACCGUGGAGCGAGCAGACGGGUCGAUACUCGUGCGUGUUUGAUCAGAGCGCAGUCCCGGCUUCACUAAUCCAGCCUGGCGUGCUGCGCUGCUACUGCCCUGCCCACGAGGCCGGUCUGGUGUGUCUUCAGGUCGUCGAGUCCGGGGGCUCCGUGUCGUCCUCGGUUCUGUUUGAAUACCGCGCUAGGAAUGCCAGCUCGCUGCCCAGCUCACAGCUCGACUGGCUCUCAUUGGAUGACAAUCAAUUCAGGGUGUCCAUCCUGGAGCGCCUUGAGCAGAUGGAGCGCAGGAUGGCGGCCAUGGCGGCCCGCGACGUCGCGCAACGACAACAACAGCAUCAACAGCAGCAGCGGCAACAACAUGGCAACCAAAUGGCGGCCGCCGUGCCGCCACCUCCUCACACACCCGAGGACCGCGAGCAGUCGUCCCAGUGGUUCGAGAGGAGGAUCAUCGGCGUGUGCGAGAGAAUGAUGAGAGGGGUGCGGUGGAGCGGAGGUGACGAGGAGCGGCUUCAGCACUUGCCGCGUCACCGCGGGAUGACGCUGCUCCAUCUGGCCGCCGCGCAGGGUUACACGCAUCUGAUACACACGCUCAUCACCUGGAGGCGUGUACACAGCGAGAGUUUGGACCUGGAACAGGAAGUUGACCCUCUCAACGUGGACCACUUCUCCUGCACGCCACUGAUGUGGGCGUGCGCUCUGGGCCAUCGGAGAGCGGCCGAGCUCCUGUACGGCUGGAGCGCCGUGGCUCUCGGCAUCCCGGACUCGCUGGGCCGCCUCCCGCUGGCCGUGGCUCACUCGCGAGGGCACACAGGUCUGGCCGCCGCUCUGGAGGAGCUGCACAUGCACGCCGCCGCCUCGCCUGCCUCCACCAGCCCGGACACAGGCCUCAGCUCCUCCAGCAGCCUCCCUUCGUCCCCCUCUCAGUGUUCGGCGGCCCCCAUGGACACCUCGCCCUCGUCUCCCUUAUCCCCUUUCUCAUCCUCAUCGUCCUCCUUGCCUGUGGAGGAGCCGCACGCAGCUUUGACCCUCUCCGGGUGUACGAACGAGGGCCCCGCGUCCCCCGGCCUGCCACCCACCCUGGCAGAGCAGUUUCUGAGCUACAGCGACAACGUGGAGAAUGAGGGCGAGGAUGACGAAGAGGAGGUGGAGGUCGACAUGGCAACGCUGGCGGAGCAAAUCAUUGAGGCCACGCCAGAGCGAAUCAAACACGAGGACUUUGCCGGGGGGGCCGAGUCGCUGCUCCGUGAAAGGCGGGAUGUGCAGGACACCUGGCUGGCGACCUACCUGGACACGAUUGACGCCCAUACACAGUCCCUGCCCAGGCGGGUCUGCCCCCCCUCGCCACUCAGCGCUUUGGCCCUCCAGAGACUGCGACCGCCCUCCUCGGCGGCGUGGGCCGAGUUUCUGAACGCGUCGGCCAACGGUCGGAUGGAGCGCGAUUUCGCCCUGCUGACGCUGACGGACGGCGAGCAGAGGGAGCUCUAUGAGGCUGCCAGGAUCAUCCAGAACGCCUUCCGGAGAUACAAGGGUCGCAGGUUGAAGGAGCAGCAGGACAUGGCCGCCGCCGUCAUUCAGAGAUGCUACCGUAAAUAUAAACAGCUAACAUGGAUAGCUCUCAAGUACGCCCUCUACAAGAAGAUGACCCAGGCGGCCAUCCUGAUCCAGUCCAAGUUUCGUUCAUACUACGAGCAGAAGCGCUUCCAGCAGAGUCGACGUGCGGCCGUGCUCAUCCAGCAGUACUACCGCAGCUACAAGGAGUACGAGAGGCUCAAACAGGGCCCGGGCGGCGGCUGCACAGGCCACACCCCCAAACUCAAGGGGACCUUCCUGACCAAGAAACAGGACCAGGCUGCACGGAAGAUCAUGAGGUUCCUGAGACGCUGCAGGCACCGGAUCAAGGAGUUGAAGCAGAACCGGGAGCUGGAGAGACGAGGCCUGACCACGUAAAUCCAUCGCUCGACAUCCUGAUGAAUGUAGUUCCCAGCAGGGAGCGCAUGGUGGCAAAUGUCCAUCUCUGUUCUUAUUGACAUGUUGGUACGCAUGUACCCAUACAUAAUACACGGGACUUUUGAAAUAUUGUUAUUUAUGACUGCAAGUGAGUCUUAAUGAACUGAACUGUGAUUUAGAGGCCGCAGUCUGGCUUGUUUUGCAUGAUGCCAUCAACAAAGGAGACGUGUAGAGAAAAUAUCACCUUUAAUUCACACACGCUUUGAACAUCAAUCAAGCAAAGCAUCGUGAGAUGUGUGGUUCACAUGCUUUGAGUGUACGUGUAAAAAAACAGUUUGAUCAACAAUGAAAAAAAACUAAACAAUGA